GUUCGGCUGCGAAAGAUUUCACCAUUUCGUUUAUGGCCGUUCAGUGACACUCGAAAGCGAUCAUCGUCCUCUUAUCGACAUAGCAAAAAAGGCGAUAUCAGAAAUGCCCCCACGUGUGCAGCGAUUCUUCCUUAGGCUGCUACGUUACGAUUACGUACUCACUUUUGUUCCUGGUAAAGAGUUGAACCUGGCGGACAUGCUGUCGCGAUCCCCUGGUCCUGGAGACGGCACUCCAGUGGACACUACAGACGUGGACCUUCAUGCUGUCAGCAUGGUAUCAUCACUCGUUUCUGAGAGGACAUCUGGACGCCUGGCACAUGUGGACGAGCUUCGUGACCUGUCGACAACUUCCGUCGUCGAUGCACUCCGUGCCAUGUUUGCAAGAUAUGGCCUCCCGUUGCAGUUAUGCACCGACAACGGGCCACAGUUGGCCAGUCAUGAGUUUGCCCAGUUUGCCGCACGGUACGACUUCGAGCAUGUGACUUCAAGUCCGCGAUAUCCGUGCUCAAACGGAUUAGCGGAGAAAGGUGUACAGGUUGUGAAAAGGAUCCUUAAAAAGACCACGGAAGCCAACGAAGAUUUCUGGCUAGGUCUGUUAAAUUAUAGAGCAAGCCCUUUGGAAGACGGACGAUUUCCAGGCGAGUUGCUGCAGGGAAGACGUUUACGCACUCUGCUCCCAGACUUCACGCAUCAUCCGGCCAUUCAGGUGAAGAAACACAACCAGACCAUUCGAAACCAUCGACAACUGCCGCCCCUCGAACCUGACGAUGUCGUGCGUGUGAGAGGAAAAGCAUGGUCACCGAAAGCCACCGUAAUUGCGCAAGCAGGUCCACGGUCCUUCUGCGUUCGAACGGAGAACAAGAAGACAAUACGGCGAAAUAGACGCCAUCUUCUCGCAACAAAGGAAAACCCUAGUCCAGAGGUCUCAUUCAGCGACACUGACGACGAGCAAGUUUCCUCGACGGCGUCAUCAGAAGCCGGUCGCACAGAUGGAGCAAGAGAACAAAGCCCACCACCCGUGGCACUUAGGAGGUCCCAGCGACAGCCAAGACCACCCCAGCGGCUAGCGUAUGAUGCUAACUUUAAACAAAUAGGCACGCGGUGA